CUCACUCUGCGCGAAACGAACAAGAGCCGCGCGUCCGUACAGCGGUUCCGGCGGGCGGCCAGUCUCGAGGAUCUGUUGGACCGAGACGACGACGAGGCGUCCAGUCACGAGAAGACCACCACUAGCAGGAAGUACACGAAGCGGAGCGGCGGGGGCGGGGGUGGUGGCAGUGGCGGCGGCAGCGGUGUCGUCAUCGCUUCGAAAAGCGACAGGUAUCGGAACGCCUCCCGGGGCAACGACUCGAUGAAGCGGGCGCGCAGCGUCGAGACCUUGAUGAGAUACAACAGCGUGACGGCGGACGAGGCGACGAGCGCGCGCCAAGUUCCGGUUGCACGACCAGCGACGAACGGCAUUCGCCAGGAACCGGUCAACGACCACAUCAUACUCGUGGAUCGCACAUCCGUGAAGAUCGAGAGUCGCCUAGGCGAGCUCGAUCGACCUAAGCCGGUCAACAAGCCCAAGAGGAUCAAGCCGGUUCUGGCGGAAACGGAACGACCGCCGCCGGAUCUAGUCAAGACCACGAUGAGGAUCUUUGAGAACUCCGCGAGGAAGCUGAAGCCCAAGGGCGAGGUGGCCGCGAAGGUCGCUACCUUCAAGACCAUCAACGACACGUUCAAGGCACAGACGCAGAAAAAGCUGGUGCAGAAACCGCCGUUGCAGCCGAAGCCAUUCGUCAACGGCGGGACGCGUCCCGUAGUCCCCGGUUCCCCGAAGAAGAUCGUACUGCCGCACAAGCCGACCGCGGAGCUGAUCGAAACGCAGGAUGGCAAAGAGGAGUAUCACAUAGACGGAGUUAUCACGGAGCCGAUCGCGCAAUCGGUAUCCUCGGUAGUGAGCAAAUUCCAGCAGAUCGAAAAGUCACACUCACCCUCCCCGUCGCCGGAACCCUCGGCUUACAAGCUGAAAUUCUCCCCAGCGAACAGCCCGGAACCACCGCAGACGUACAAGUCCAAGUCCGCCGCUCUGGAGAUCGCCGUCAAGUCGCCACCCGUAACACCGGUGCUCUCGCCGAGGAUCCUGUCGCCGAGACUGCAGAGCCCAACGUCGCCUGUCAAGGACAGACAGAGUCCGUCCUCUCCCGUUAAAGACGCGAUUCGCAUUCAGAUUCCGCAUUCAGGUCCGCUUCAUAAACCACCACUCCCGAGUCCGGUCCGGAGUGGCGAAUCCACGAAGACGGAGUCGGAAUCGUCCAAGGUUAUUCGUCCGCAGAUCGAGAAGGAGAUUCCGAGAACGAGCGUCGAGUGUCCUCCGCAGACCCGCCUUCCAGAAUUGUUUGUCAACAACGUGGAAUGGAAAGAAGACGUGAAAUCGAACCGCAUUACGUUCAACGAUGGAGAGAAGAAUGUCGACGAGGAGAUCGUAGACGGGCCGAGAACCAUUUCCAAGGCCGCCCUGGACAACAUCAGCAAGGCCGGCACGACGAUGCAGUUCAACUUCGACGACAAGUCCACGGGUGACAAGAGUUAUCUACCUGGUUUGAAGCAAAACGGACAAAAAUCGGUGGACGAGUCGAUGCCAGAGGAGGAGGAGGAGGAGGAGCAGGAGGACGAGGACGAGGAGGACAGGAGCAAGGUGAGUGCACCUGCCAGCGUCACAACGGACUCCAAAGCGAUGUCAAGAUUGCAAGAAAGGCUCGAGGCUGAAAAGGUGGAGAACGACAAUAGGGAUGUCGUCGGGGAGAAGCUGAUCGCGCCGGAAAAUAAACUUAUCGGGGCCAUCUGCAGCUUGGGCCUGAUCAAGACCGCGACAACGACAACCUCGUCGUCGUCGUCGUCGUCGUCGUCGUCGUCGUCGUCGUCGUCGUCGUCGUCGGCGGCGGCGGCGGCGGCGGCGGCGGCGGUGACGUAUUCGCAGGGCAACAACGAGGCGAAGACGAUACGAUGCCAGCAAAAGAGCGAAUUCUCACCACCGCAGAAACAAAUCGGCAUCAUACGACCGCUCGUCUCCACGAAGACACAGCAUCCGCAGCAGAAUCUGAGCAACCGCGAGCUCGAGAAGAAUCUGAUCAAUCGGGUCAAGAGCAUCGAGCAGCCGACCAAAGUGGUGGUGAGCCUGAAGAGUGCCGACGAGAUACAACCUGCGAAAAAGACGAGUGCCGGGAGCGGUGGCGGCGGUCUUUGGGACACGAAGCCAUGGAAUCAGCAGAACAACACGAUGGUAUUCAACUUCAGCAACCGAAAGGACGUACCGGAUUACAUAGAGAACGACGGCCUUAUCAUCAGGAGAAAGCGGGAGAAGCCGAAGGUCGGCGAUGGUGGCAUUAUAGUGCUCGACGCUACUUUAGACGCAUCUACGACCGACGAUUCCGAGUGGGAAAUCUCCGGGGGUCCACCGUCACCCUGCGACGUGUCGUUUCUCAACGACAAUGUUCUCAUCAACGGACGCAGCAAUCUCUCGAGGACACCACGAAAUCAUAAGCAUCGAAUACAGUUCGACGACACCGCCACUCGCACCUUCGAGUACCCCAGCGAGGCGUCGAUCCUCGAAGGCGAGACCAGCAGCGUGGACGGCGAGACUUCCGGUUCCGGAUCCGUCGCCGGCGAGCCGCAUUCCACGCCGAGCAACAACAAAAUCUCCUCGACAACCAGCUCGUCAACGACGAGUAUGCCGUCCCUUCUCGGUGGAGGUGGUUUAGCCAGUUAUACUCCUAGCAAAGUGGAUCUGACGUCGGAAGGUUUCGAGCUGGGUAUUACCAGAGCCGUACCGAUGGUAGUCCCCGCUUCAGCAACGACAACAACAACCGGCCAAACCGAAAAUGCGAGCGAAGUGGAAUACUUGAGACCGGCCCAGGACGCAGGUGCGUGGGGCUCGGAGACGACCGGCGAUCUUCUUUAUUGAAAAGAAGUGCAGAAUGACUCUUUACCGUUGACAGCUCAAUGUCCUUCUGUAGCAAUAGAACGAACGAAUGAACGAAACGAGAAUGAAGUCUAUAAGGCUAACAAGUAUUCCUUUUCUUUUUCUAGCGAGAUAAUCAAGCAAGAGACUACAAACUCAAAAAAAAAAAAUCAAUAUAUUAUAACGAAUUUUAAUGAAGGAAGGUUUAUGACAAAUGCUCACACAUCUAUGUAAAGCGAAUUUUUCAUAGAAAACAGGUUUAAAUGUUCGCGUUUGUGAUCGGACGUUAUGUUGGACCACAGAUGAAUUAUCGUCAAGUGCACAUAUUUGCAAUUAAAUUAAGAAAAAUCUUUUUUGAAAGAAAUCAAAAGUACAUUUCUCCGCUCACGAACGCAUCGAAAGCGAAGUUUAUUUAGAUGAUUAAGUAAGAACUAACAGUAUCAUUCCAAGUAUAUGCAUUUACUUUGUAUCGUUAUGCUAUAUCGAAUCAGUGGACUUUUUCUACACGAUGAAUCAUCUCGAAACUGCCAAGAUAGAUUAUACAGUGCUGCUUUUUUUGUAAUAGCACUUGAAAGGAAGAGUCCAGCGACUGAUACUCUAUUGCUUAGAGAAAGAAAGAUAAAAGGAGCAUAUCAUUUUUCUGGCAUAUUUAUAAGAUAGAGGAUAAAUCGACGAGAGAAUCGUGAAUUUUGUAACCUUUUUGAGAUUACUUUAAUGCUAAGCUGUGCGUGUUCAAGCUGCCAGUAAAAGGCCAGAGUUUUAUGUGAGUUUUUUUGUAGAAAAAAAGGGAGCAAGUGAUUGAAUGUCUUUGAGAUUCAAUUGGUGAAGGAAAAAAAGUUCAGGAUAAACAGCUCGAGUUUAGAUUUGUAAACGUUUUUGCCAAAGUAGAACAUAAGUCUACUUAGUUAUAUUUAAUAAUGUAUAUGUACAAUAUAUAUAAGUGUUCCAGUUCGACGAAACUGUAAGAAUUGUAAAUUUCAGAGCACAUCGUCAUUUGUACCGAAUGUAUGGCAAAUCAUACUAUGCCUUGCAAAUGCGAAAAUAAGCCAUUAACAGUGUAUGCGUCUUUUCAUAUUGAGUUUGCAUUUAAUUUCCAAGAAUCAUAAUACAUAAAACUAAUAGCUUUCCAGCAUAAGAGGAAAACAGCGAGUUUAAUAUUAGUUAUUAAUUUUAAGCAAAUUGAAUUUUGUAUAUACUAAAUUAUUAUGGAUCUUGCAGAGCCAUCCGAGAUCCAAGUUAAUUGAGUCACGAAAGUUCGAAAAAAAAA